AUGGCCUCCAACCAGAACCAGGCCAGCUACCACGCCGGCGAGACCAAGGCCCGCACCGAGGUAACCGUCACCGGGCAGGUGAUGGGCGCGACCAAGGACAAGGCGGGGCAGACCACGGAGGCCACCAAGCAGAAGGCCGGACAGACCACCGAGGCCACCAAGCAGAAGGCCGGCGAGACGGCCGAGGCAACGAAGCAGAAGGCCGGUCAGGCCACGGAGGCCACGAAGCAGAAGGCCGGCGAGACGGCCGAGGCCACCAAGCAGAAGGCCGCCGAGGCCAAGGACAAGACUGCGCAGACGGCGCAGGCGGCCAAGGAGCGCGCCGCCGAGACCAAGGACCAGACCGGCAGCUACCUCGGCGAGAAGACAGAGAUGGCCAAGCAGAAGGCCGCCGAGACGACCGAGGCUGCCAAGCAGAAGGCCUCGGAGACGGCGCAGUACACCAAGGAGUCCGCCGUCGCCGGCAAGGACAAGACCGGCAGCGUCCUCCAGCAGGCCGGCGAGACGGUGGUGAACGCCGUGGUGGGCGCCAAGGACGCCGUGGCCAACACGCUGGGCAUGGGCGGCGACAACGCCACCAAGGACACCACCACCGGCGCCACCACCAAGGACACCACCACCACCACCACCAGGAAUCACUAG